GAGAACAUCCGGUACCUAUACCGCCACUGCUGUAGUUCAAGUCUGAGCCGCGGCCGUCCAGGUGAGUCAGCUGAUGUUUUCGGGGGGGCAUCUCCCUCCACCCGGAGCAAGGCUGAGAACAAGCAGCUGCGAAAGCUGCCGCGUGCCGCUCCGUCGCGUGGAUCCACAGGUGUCUCUCUCCUGUCGUACCUUGAGUUCAUCUUGAGUUUAGCGCGUGCUUGAAAAGAGAGAGCAGCGCGCGCGCUGCUGCUAAAGUUGUGAGCACUGAUGUCUGGGAGGACGGUGGCGCUGUUCCUCAGCUGCUGCUUGCAGCUCUCCGGCUGCAGAAGGAUUCCACCCAAGCGGACAGCAGGUGGCGCAGACUCGCCGGUUCAAGCCUUUGCGGUUGCGGGCAGAGACGUGGUUCUACGCUGUGACGUCCCUGGACUUCACGGCGCGUCGGGCGUCAGAACGUGGGAGUGGUCCAAGGAUGACGGAGGCCAGCUGAAGACGGCGCUCGCCGUGCGGGGUGGCGUGGAGCUGAUGAGGGACAAGGAGGCGGGUUACGUCGACAGGACCGCCCCCUUGGUGAACAGAUCUAUGGAGCUGCGAGGCGUCAGGCUGACUGAUACUGGCCUUUACGUCUGUAAAUCCUUCCUGGACGAUGGCAGAACUUUGGACACACGGGUUUCCCUCAUCGUUGGGGAGGUGUCUGAGCUCAGCGUCAUCGUCAGCCGCAGUGAAGACGGCGGGCUGGAUGUUCUGUGUGAGGUCCGAGUCCGGGGCCUGGAGCUGACCCUGACGGUGCUGGACCACGGCGGGAACGCCCUCCACGCACAAACGCAGGCGUGGGACGGACCAGACCACGCCCACCAUGUGAGGGUGCAGAGGAGGGUGGAGCCAACUGGAGAAAAUGUGACGCUGACCUGCAGGUGGAACGUGUCUGGAGAGGCGGAGCAGAAGAAAGUCACCGUCUCCGACCGCUCCACGUCUGCUGGUUGCUCCGCCCCUCUGGGGAUUUGCUGCUGUGUCUCCAUGCUGUUGAUCUUCUGCGUUGGAUGUUUCCUGGUUGUCCAGAAGAGAAAACUCCUUUCAGGGCUGUGGAGAAAGAUGACGGCGCUGACAGCCGGGUCACAGAGAGCUGCUACUGAGGAAGAGGAGGAGCAUUUCACCGAAUACAGAAACCUGGAAGAAAUGAGGACAACCGGAGUCUCUGCUGUUACCGCCACGGCGAACAACUUAACCCGUGAAGGAGAUCUAGUUCUCGGGGUGGAAGGAUCCGAAAUAUUGGCCAAAAAAGACCUCAAGCCGAUGUCGAAAUACCGGAACCAAAUCAUGAACGUUGGACGCAAGCUCCGCCUCCACCCGGCUCUGAUCGCCGCCAUGAUCUCCAAACAGUCGAACGCUGGACAGCAGCUCAAGCCCGAUGGCCACGGAAUGCACGACGCCAACUCUUACGGUCUCAUGCAGAUCAACAGGAAGUUCCACGCCGUGAAGGGCGAGCCGUUCAGCGAGGACCACAUCGACGAGGGCUCCACCUACCUGAUCCACCUCAUCAAGACCGUGACCAACUGGAGGCCGGAUUGGAGCAGAGAGCAGCACCUGAAAGGAGCGCUGGUCUGCUACAUGGUGGGCCUGGAGAAGGAGAAGCUGAACUACGACGGAGAGCUGGACCAACAGACGCCCACGCGGGACUUCGCCAACGACGUCAUCGCCCGGGCGCAGUUCUACGCCGAGAACGGUUUCAGGGUUUAGUUCCAGCUGCUGACCGGAGAAGAAACCAAGUUUAACGCCAAACGCUGCUUUAGGAACGUUUGUGUUCAUCAGCUCCUCAGUAGAAACUCUCAACCGUCACAGAAAUCAGUUCCUUUUCCAAACAGCAGAACCAGAAAUCAGUUUGGUACCGCGAGGAAAGAGGUUAGUGGUACAUGCUAGCUCCAACACGUUAACGCCAGAGAUGUCGCUAACAAAUGUGGUUAAAGGGUUAACCACAUUUGUUAGCGUUAGCAUGUUGCUGCGCGGUAAGUUUUCUGUUGGUAAAGUGUUGCACGACGGCACAAAGCCUCCCAAUCAGCUGAUCAGGUAAACACUUCACAAUGCAGCACAUCUCUGCAAAGCUGCUUUUCUCAGCCUCCAGGAUCCGCUGGAGUUAGCUUAGUUACGUAAAUGGAUGAGUUACGAUGGUUGAAACAAACUGGAGCGUUUUUUCUUUCUUGGUUGUUUUCUCUUCAUUCCUCUGAUAAAGUUGGUCAAUUUUCAGAUGAGCGUUACAUUCACGUUUCUGAUUUAGAUUUACCCCUUGUUCUAUCUUAGAUGACCCCCCCCUUCCAUUGAGGUGUUCCCCCUACCAUGACAAAGGUGGAUAAAGGUGGAAAGAUUUCAUGUAAUCCAUGGACACCAGUGAAGAUCACAAAUCAUUGAAGAAAAAAGGUUCAGCGCACUGUCUAGUGGGUCUAGAUGACCCCACUCCCAAUGUUAAAGUGCCUAGGAUAGAACAAGGGUUAUAAAUGUUUCGCCAGUAUUAUAAAAAGAAAACCACGGCUGCAGCGACACCUACAGGUGAACCAGCAGAUUACAGCUGCAUGUUGAUGCACGGCUCAUGUUUGCUGCAGAAAUGUUUGUUAAAAUGUGAAAUGAUGGUGUCAUAAAACGUAUAUUUUUAUCCAGACGUUGUUUGUAAUAUUUCUAUGUUCACAUUGUAGAUGAGUUUAGAACUUGGCCUUGAGUGAAAGUGCAGAAAGCUUUCUGAAGGUCCCACUUCUCUGCAGAAGAAUCCAAACUCAAAUGUGCUGGAAUCUGUGGUCAUAAGCUUUUAUUUUUGUAUUUUUGUUUUCAGUCGUUUGUGAAUUUAUCCAGGUCUGCCUUCACUCGUUUGUCUAUUAUCUCUGGAAGAAGCUGCUGUUUUACUUUGAAAGGUCAGAAAAGUUUCAGAAUAAAAUAA